AUGGGAGAUAGCCUAGGUCGGUUCCUUUCCUUCUUUUCCAUUUUAUUUUUUGCCAUUGGUUUUAUAGGAAAUGUAUUGGUUAUCCGAAUCGUUCACAAGACACGACAGAUGCAUACACCAACGAAUUACCUUUUAGCUAACAUGGCUGUUAGCGAUGUCAUUACCAUUCUGUUGUUUUUAUGUAACAAUUUUACUGAGGAUCAACUGGGACGUGUGAGCCAUAAAUUUGUGACAUUCGCUUGCAAGGCAUUUAGCAUCGUUGGAAUUUGUGUUAUGGUUUCUUCUAUUACACUCACAGUUCUCGCUUUAGAAAGAUAUCACGCCUUGCUAAAACCCUUCAGAACCGAACUGCGGUUAAGCGACGAUAACGUCAAGAAGGCCAUCGUUUUCAUUUGGACCACGAGUGUCGUAAUUUGCUUUCCAUGGUUCUUCUUUGCAGAAUGGAGCGAGGAACACACUUCAUGUUUUCUUCCACUCGAUAUGGAAAGCAAAAUUUAUAUACUUCUGUAUGUUUCAAUUAUCAUCUUGCAAUCGACAAUCAUGUUUUUCUGCUAUGGAUCUUUGAUAAGGGGACUUUACUUUACUGCUACAAUUUGCUCAGAAAAUGAUGAAGAAGGAGACUCAGAGAAAAAGAAACUGGUUUUGACAUUUCUCCUAGCGAGUUUAGCGUUUUUGAUCGGUUAUUGGCCUCAUAUAGUAGGUCUCUGCAUUCUUGUUGCAUCGGGAGAUAAUGAACAAAAUUAUGACCCAGAAUUAGACUCUGUUCUUAAAACCGUGUCAAGAUUUCUGUUUGAAUUAACUUUAUGUCUUAACCCAAUUCUGUACGCUUUUCGUAGUUCAAGCUACCAGCAAGAGUUUAAACGCCUACUGAUAUGCAAGAAACCGACACCGAACAAUGAUAUUGAGAUGGGGUAA